GAGAAUGGUUGUGUAUCAAGUAUGGCAAACAAUUAAAUCACAACAUUUAAAAAAACCUAAACUUUUUACUUUUGCAGCGAUUUUUGAUGUUUCUGCUUUAGCUGGAGGUUAUUGGAUUUGGAAACAAUUGCGCCAUAAUGAAGAAAAUCGUUUUUAUUGUUUUGAAAAUUAUCCUAGAGUUUUGGGAGUUUAUUAUUGGGGUUUAAAUGUCCUUUCGUUUGGAGAGCGUUUGGGUGAUAAACAACAAGACUAUGAUAUUGCAAAGUGGAUUUAUAGAGAUGUACAAGAUGGAAAACUGGAACACUUUUAUCUGAUAUAUGGGAAGAAGAAAAUGAAAAACCUGUUGAGAAAGUUAAAAGGCCAAGACUGAA